AUGUUUGUAUCAUUUCAGCAACAAACCAAUGGCACUUUGUUGCCUCCGUCGGAGAUGCUCAUGGGCGGUAUUCCGGUUGAAAUGGUGGAUGGAGGUGCGUGGCCAGUCCAGAUGGUACCAAUGAUGGAGGAAGAACACAAUAACAUUGAACAAACGGACCUUGCCGUUAUGGACGAGCCGGAGCAGGACGAAGCGGAGGACGAAGAAGAUGAGCCACGAGAAAUGGCAUCUCCGCCAGCGUCAUUCAAAGUGGACAGUCCAGAUGAGAGUGCAAAAAAAACAUCCGAGUUAGUGCUGCCGAAAGCACUGGAGGACGUACUGGCUCUGAAAACCAUCCGUGCCCAGGAGUUGGAUGACGAGGAAUCAACGGGAGCGACUGUGGGAGCCGUUUUGUCAGGGGCGUACUUGGAAACGGACGGCGUGAACGAUUCAGACGAUGAGAACGCAAUUGAACCGAGUGCGGUUGACGGCGAAGGGGAAGACUCAUCCCUACACGGAGCAUUUUCGGAUCAAGGACAGAACCGAGUGGAAGGAAAGCAGGACAAAAACAAGCGCAAGAAAAAACGAAAGAAGGAAAAUCGAAAGGCACGCCGAGAGCAGAUGCAAAAAGCGCACGAGCAGCGCCUACAACAGCAACAGAAGCAGCCGCAAUCUGAGAAGCAGUACAAAGCGCAGAUUUCGAAACAUAAACCGGCACAUUCGAAGAAUCACGAACCGGAAGCACUGUUGGACGAGGAAAACACCUCGAAAGAGAACGUGGAGGACGAAGGCAAGGGAAUCGAGGGAACGGAAAAAGAACUCAACGGCGAGGAACUGAAUAACGGCAAUGUGGAAGAGACGGAAGGUGCAGAAAAUGGCCAACGGGCAAAUGGUCAACAGGAUGAUGACGACGAAGCGGCGGAUCGGACGGGCAGUGAUGAGAACGAACGGACAGUUAAAUCGAAACCGACAAAAUCAAUCGGCAACGAGCAGCGGAUUGGAGGCAAGGACGUUAUCGAAAAUGACAUCCUGCAGGAUGUGGAGAUCGAGUACGUGCCGGAGAAAGUGACCAUUGCCGAUCUCGGGCCAAUGUAUCGCCAAUUCUAUCGUGUGUUUGAGAUCUUCAAACUGGAUACCAAAUCCAAGGAAACGAUGAAAAGUGCCGAGGAAGCGGACAAGGAAAAGUUGAUUGCGGAGACAAAAAAGAUGGAUGAUGGCAUGGAAGAAGAUGACGACGAUUUGGGAGACCACGAUGAAAAGGAUGACAAAGAGAAGAUCUCUAAGCGGAAGCUGAAGAAAUUGAACCGGCUGAGUGUGGCAGAACUGAAGCAGCUGGUAACUCGGCCAGAUGUGGUGGAAAUGCACGACGUAACGGCGCGCGAUCCCAAGCUGCUGGUGCAGCUGAAGAGCCACCGAAACACGGUCCAAGUGCCACGGCACUGGUGCUUCAAACGCAAGUACCUCCAGGGCAAGCGCGGUAUCGAGAAACCGCCGUUCGAUCUGCCGGCGUUCAUCAAGAAGACGGGCAUCAUGGAGAUGCGUGCCUCGCUUCAGGAGAAGGACGAAGCAAAGACGCUCAAGGCGAAAAUGCGCGAACGCGCCCGGCCAAAGAUGGGUAAGAUCGACAUCGACUACCAGAAGCUGCACGAUGCGUUCUUCAAGUGGCAGACGAAGCCUCGCAUGACGAUCCACGGCGAUCUGUACUACGAGGGUAAAGAGUUCGAGACGCGUCUGAAGGAGAAAAAACCUGGCGACCUCUCGGAGGAGCUGCGCAUAGCGCUCGGAAUGCCGAUCGGUCCGGCUUGCCACAAGAUUCCACCACCGUGGCUAAUCGCGCAGCAGCGAUACGGGCCACCACCGAGCUACCCGAACCUUAAGAUACCGGGGCUGAAUGCCCCCAUCCCGGAGGGGUGCUCGUUCGGAUACCAUGCCGGUGGCUGGGGUAAGCCUCCGGUCGACGAAAGUGGCAAGCCCCUGUACGGUGAUGUGUUUGGUGUUGCGGGCAUGGAUGGAGAGGGUGGCCUGGGAGAGGAAGAGAUUGAUCGGACUGUGUGGGGCGAGCUGGAGUCGGAGUCGGAGGAAUCAUCCGAGGAGGAGGAGGACGAAGGCGAGGACUUGUUGGCUCAGCCGGACGAAAGUGGUCUUAUAACCCCGGCCGAGGGACUGGUGACGCCGUCUGGGCUGACGAGCGGUGUGCCGGCUGGCAUGGAAACACCGGACACGAUCGAGCUGCGCAAGAAGAAGAUCGAGAGCGAAAUGGAGGACAACGAGACACCUGUGCUGUAUCACGUGCUACCGGAGAAACGAAACGAACGCAUCGGCACGGCCAUGAUGGCUUCCACGCACGUGUACGAUAUUUCGGCCGCCGGUGGUGGUGCAGGAGCGGGUGGCGCAGCGGCUAGUGCCGGCGGACGAGGAGCCGGUCGCGGUGGCGGUGGUCCGGUGGAUCGUGAAGGCAUGGUUGAGCUGGCACUUGAUCCAUCCGAGCUCGAUAUGGACAACGAGGCUAUGGCCCAGCGGUACGAGCAGCAGAUGCGCGAACAGCAGAGUCACCUGCAGAAGGAGGACCUGUCGGACAUGCUGGCGGAGCACGUGGCCCGGCAAAAGUCGAAACGGAAACGGCAGCAAACCGAUACGACGAACAAGCAGUCGAAGAAGUACAAGGAGUUUAAGUUCUAGUGCAGUUGUGAACCAGAUAUCAUCAAUUACCAUCUUCCUUACCUUACCUAUUCUCUUCUGUUCCCGUGUGCACGUACCCUUGCGCGGAUCACAUCCUCUCUCACAACGCCGUGUACGUGUGGAUGU